AUGGCCGACCCGCCGGCCGCGAGCGAGUUCCCGCCGCACGCCGCGCGGGACUACUUCCGCUUCGAGGUCGUGCACGAGUCGAAGAAGCCCGGGUCGCGCGCGCGCGUCGGGCGCAUCCACACGCCCCACGGCGUCAUCGAGACGCCCUGCUUCGUGCCCGUGGGCACGAACGGCGCGCUCAAGGCCGUCGACGGCCGGUCCGCGGCCGAGGCGGACGUGCGGCUCAUGUUCUCGAACACGUACCACCUGCUCGUCCACCCCGGGCCCGACACGGUAGCAAAGGCCGGCGGCCUGCACACAUUCAUGAACCGCGACGCGCCCAUCAUCACGGACUCCGGCGGCUUCCAGGUCUUCUCGCUCGCGGAGCCCGACUCGGACGAGGACGGGCCGGAGCUGAAGAUGAAGCGCGCGAAGCGCAAGCGCGGGGACGACGGCGCGCAGCAGGACACGAGCCACGGGUCGUUAGUUUCUGUCACGGAGGAGGGCGUCGUCUUCAAGAGCUACCGCGACGGCGUCGAGAUCAAGCUCACGCCCGAGUCGUCCGUGGCGGCGCAGAAGAAGCUCGGCGGCGACAUCAUCAUCCCGCUGGACGAGCUGCCGCCCUACCACGUCACGCGGGACCGGCUGAACGCGUCCGUCCAGCUGAGCCACCGCUGGAUGGCGCGGUCCCUCAAGGCGCACCUCGCGGACCCGCGAAAGCAGGCCAUGUACGCGGUCGUCCACGGGGGCGUGGACCGCGAGUUCCGCGAGCGGUCCGCGGCCUACCUGUCGUCGCUGCCCUUCGACGGCAUGGCCGUGGGCGGGUCCCUGGGCAAGGACCGCGGUGAGAUGCUCGACAUGCUCGCGUGGCUCAUGCCCUUGCUCCCGCGCGAGCGGCCGAACCACCUGCUCGGCAUCGCGGACCCGGAGUCGUGCGCGGCCGUCGUGCCGCUGGGCGUCGACACCAUGGACUCGUGCAACCCGACGCGCAUCGCGCGCCAUGGCACGCUGCUGACGACGCAGGGCAACGUGAAGAUCAAGGCGACGCAGUACCGUGAGGACUUCGGGCCCAUCGACCCGGGCUGCCCGUCCGUGCCCCACACGCGCGCCUACCUCCACCACCUCUUCAAGCAGAACGAGCCCCUCGCCCUCACGCUCGCGAGCCUCCACAACAUCUACUACAUGAACCACCUCAUGCGCGACAUGCGCGCGAAGAUCCUCCGGGACGAGCUGUAA